AUGGAGGAAACCGAAAACGCCACCUCUGCCGUCUUCAUCCCGCCGUCGGUACAGGAUGACCGUGAAGCUCUCCUCUCCGGGAGAUCUUACGCGCACUACAGCAAUGUGCCCGAAGGCAUCACCACCCGGACAGCCUCGUCGUCCGCAUCAGGAACCCCUUGCGUGCUAGGUGUGGACGAAGCUGGACGCGGCCCCGUCAUUGGGCCCAUGGUAUACGGUGUCUACUAUCUGCCUGUCGAGAUCCAAAAGCCCCUCCUGACUGAAUCGUACCAUUUCGACGACUCCAAGGUCCUCACACCGGCCGUGCGAGCAAAUCUCAUGCAAGCAGUCUGUACAUCCGGGACGGAUCUCUUCCGAUCAUCAGGCUGGGCGGUCAAAUCCCUCAGUGCCCGCGACAUCGGCGCGGGGAUGAUGAAGAACGGCGGCUCAUACAACCUCAACGCCCAAGCCAUGGACGCCACGGUCGAACUGAUUAGAGGGGUACUGCAGCAGGGCGUCAACGUGACAGAGAUCUACGUCGACACCAUUGGCAAACCCUCCGUCUAUCAGAAGAAGCUCGAGUUAAUCUUCCCGACCAUCAAAAUCACCGUCGAAAAGAAGGCUGACAGUCUCUUCCCGUGCGUGAGUGCGGCCAGCGUCGUCGCCAAGGUCACUCGAGACGUCAGCUGUGAGGUCCUCCUUGAGGCAUAUACCCAACAGCAGUCAGUCUCAGAUGAGGAUUCAUUGGCAUCGUGGGGUUCUGGAUACCCCUCUGACGCAAGAUGCGUUGGCUGGCUCAAGUCUGCCAUUGACCCUGUAUGGGGGUUUGGCAACGAAUGCCGCUUUAGUUGGGGCACGGUCAAGGAUAUGCUCGAGCAAAAGGAUAGUCUAGCAGUCAAGGCUGAGUGGCCCGACCAGGACGACGAUGACGAGAACAUGAGGCUCUCGCACUAUUUCGGAGCCGACGGGGCGGCAGGGCCAACGACCGAGAAAGACGAGUUACGGACGUGGUUUGGAACAGGCGUUGGCCAGGAAGCUUUUUGA